UAUCUAAAUUUAAGUUUGGUUUCGAGAUAAAGGCCAUGUUAAAUAACCUAUUUUCCAUCAAAUUAUUCUCCUCCCAAUUUUCCUUUCCAGUUUUUCCAUCAAAACCAAACAAAGGAGAAUCGUUUUCAAAUUUAUCCCUGCUUGCGAUCUGAAGCUCCCCCAACACUAUCCCCAUUACCACUUUUGCUAUUGCCGGGUUGAAGCAAAAGUCGAUUAAGACAGGAAAGUUCAGAUAUGUCAGCGCUCUUUAAUUUCCAUUCCUUUUUGACGGUAGUGCUGUUAUGGAUUUGUACAUGCACUUAUGUAAAGAUGCAUUUUCCGGCACUUCUUGAACAAAGAACUGGGUUUCGAGGCUUCUUUUGGAAGGCUGCUAGAAUAGGUGAGCGGUUGAGUCCUUGGGUGGCUGUGGGCUGCUUGACAAUGGGUGUUUCAGUAAUCUUCUUCUAAGCGAACAGUUGCUUGAAACAAAAGUUAACCUUGAGCUGGGAGCUAAUUUACUGCUUCAACCUGUUUUUACAUCAAAUGCCGUCUUUGAUCAAACUUGAGCACUGAAACAUUGUGACACUACUUUGAUCUGGAACUAAGCUUUUGCAUGUAAGAUGGUCUGGUUAUGAGGAGGGUCGAUGUUAUCGAUUCUGACUUUUGUAACACGCUUGAUUUGAUACCUUUAUCUGCCAACAAAUCCCCCCCCCCCCCAAAAAAAAAACCGCUGCUGCAUUAUAUCUGUUGAUGAUUACGCUAUGUAUUCCAUAAUCUACAUUGUCUUUCAGUUACAAGAAAAUGUAUGCAGUCUUGACUUGCUUGUGAUCCAAAUCCCCGACACAAAGGAAAAGGAUUUAGUUUUAAAUUGUCACUGUACUUUAACC